CGGAAGCGGGCCUGGGCGGAUGUCUCCGGCGCGUCCCUGCACGGGGCUGAGGGCCGCGGUGGCUGCCAGCAUGGGGUUGAGCGAGGGGUCGGCGGGCUCCGCCCGGAAGGGCCGUCUCCUCCGGCCGCCGAGCCCCGCUCCGGCGGCGCCAGGGGCUCGGCUGUUGCGGCUCCCGGGAAGCGGAGCCGUGCAGGCCGCGAGCCCCGAGCGCGCCGGCUGGACCGAAGCGCUGCGGGCCGCCGUGGCCGAGCUGCGCGCCGGCGCCGUGGUGGCCGUUCCCACCGACACGCUGUACGGCCUGGCCUGCUCGGCGAGCUGUUCGGAGGCGCUGGGCGCCGUGUACCGCCUCAAGGGCCGCAGCGAGGCCAAGCCGCUGGCCGUGUGCCUGGGCCGCGUGGCCGACGUCUACAGGUACUGCCACGUGAGGGUCCCCGAGCAGCUCCUGAAAGACCUCCUGCCGGGGCCCGUGACCUUGGUGAUGGAACGCUCAGAGGAGCUCAACAAGGACCUGAACCCCUUCACGCCUCUUGUGGGCGUCCGGAUUCCUGCCCAUGCCUUCAUGCAGGACCUGGCCCAGAUGUUCGGGGGACCUCUGGCUCUCACCAGCGCCAACCUCAGUUCCCAGGCCAGUUCUCUGAACGUCGAGGAAUUCCAAGACCUCUGGCCUCAUUUGUCCCUGGUCAUUGAUGGGGGACCAAUUGGGGAAGGCCAGAGCCCCGAGUGUCGCCUUGGCUCAACUGUGGUUGACUUAUCUGUGCCUGGAAAGUUUGGCAUCAUUCGUCCAGGCUGUGCCCUGGAGAGCACUACAGCCAUCCUCCAGCAGAAGUACGGGUUGUCGCCUUCGCACGGACCAUGCUCGUGAAGCUCAAGGCAACCCCAAGGACUGAUGCUGGAUACUGUGUGUCCGCUGCGGGCUGAUGAGGCCUCAUUUGCAGAGGCCGCUGGAGCUGUGUCACUCGCCCGACUUCGAGGCGGCAUGCCUGGCUGAACACUCUGCACCCGCUGCAGAAGCUACUGGUUUAGCUUCUCACCUGGGUUAAAGGUUCUAUUUAUUACCUGUGCUUUCCUGUAUCAGCCAAAAGCUGCAUUGAGAGGUCAGAACAUUCCCGGGGUGGCCUUACCAGCGGCUUCCUCUCUUACAUAAGUUAUAUGCAUAACACUUAAGUCCAGUGUUUCUGGCAACCUUUUACUUUAUUCAUGGGUAUACCAAGUAUUGAACAUUGUUGGGCAUUUGAACUUUUUCUUUAAUGUUAAAAAAAUGCUGCUAUUAAAUAUAUUUGUA